CGGGCCCUGGCGCCGCUGCAAGUGCUGGCAGAUCCUCGUCAUGGCCGCGCCUGGUCUCAGCGAGACGAAGUGAGUUGAGGUGAUGGCUUGGUGGUGGCAUCAACCCAUGCCAUCCAUCAUCCACCACCUCCACCACCACCUCCAGCUUCGCCCCAGCUCUUGCGACUAGCCUCCCCCCGGCUGUGCCGUCUCUCCUCUUCAUUUUCUUCGUCCGAUCCCGUCCCGGAUCAGACCUCCACUCUCCUCUUCCGACCUUCAUCCUGAAGUGCCUCUGCGACUCGCUUGUCGAUUUCGUGUCUGCCCCCCUAAUCUCCACGUCUGCAUUGCAUUCGACCUUGAUUCGCCAUUUCGGGGCGCGUCCGGUACUGCAGAGACGAUCCGUCGAUCCUCCGACACCCGCCGCGAGACAGGUCCUCAGGGCUGCCACCACUUCUUGCUGGCCGUUGCAUCGCAUCGCUGUCGCGGCCGAGAACUGUCGUCGUAUCAUGUCGCCGGCCUCCGUCAAGCUGUGACCAUUGCGAACUGGCCCGGCGACUGGCCUUGGCAUGGCCCAGAAGCGACGACUAUCGCUGCAGCAAGACUGCGCCCGCAAGUCCAGCACCAUGUCGGCACAUGGUCCCUCAUCCCCUCCCCCCAACCCAGUGAGCAGUUCCAGGCUGUCCAGCGACGGUAGCCCGAGCGAAGCAGGCGCACAUAGCGACGGUGCGCACACGGCCAUGACGAGCGUGGUUGACACAGAUGAGGAGUUGCCAAGCAACGGCGGCCACAACGGCGGCCGCGCGCAACACGACCAAUCUCACAAUAACGACGAUGACGGGUUUGAUAGGAUGUCUGCGUAUCCCGCAUCCCAUUACCCCCGGCCUACGAGUCCUCACGGAACGAUGAUGCAUUUCUACACAGAUGACGCCCAUACUGAUCCGGCUGCUUCUACCCGGUCAAUAUGGGCUCCUGACCUCGACUACCGCGAGAUCCACGGGCGCCGCUACGCCCGGGAGUAUUACAUGCCCAACGACGAAAUCGAGCAAAUGCGCCUAUCAAUACAACAUCAGGUCUUCCUCCAUCUGCUGGACGGCGAGCUCUCCUGCGUACCCCUAGAUGACCCGUCACACAUUCUCGAUGUCGGCACCGGCCCUGGCGAGUGGGCUAUUCGCAUGGCGGAGCUUUAUCCGGACUGCGAGGUUGUGGGCACGGACAUUUCCGCCGUCGCCGAAACAAAGAGCGUCCCCCUCAACGUCUUUUUCGAGAUCGAGGACGCGGAGGAGUGGGACCGUCCCGCCGACCACUACGACUUGAUUCACUUCCGGUGUCUCGAGGGCGCCUUCCGUGACUGGCGCGCUAUAUACGAUAACGUUUACGACUCACUCAAGCCGGGCGGCUGGAUUGAGCUAAUCGACUUCGACAGCAUUGAGUCAGUCAAUCUCUGGUUCAGGGUAUUUUCUGAGGGCUCGCCAAUCUUCGAUAUGGCGAAGGAUCUGGAGAUUGCCGCCAUGAGGGUAGGGAAGAAACGGGGCAUCUCCCACAUGGAUCCGCAGCUGUUGAUGGAAGCCGGCUUUGUGGAUGUCCGCGUGACAGAACACUCGAUCCCCAUGAAAAUCACCGAAAAGUCCGCCGGUAAACUCUGGCUGAUAUCUUGUCUCGAUGGUCUUGAGGCCAACUGCCUGCGACUCCUGACCCAGGUGAUGGGGUGGGAUCCCGACAAGUGCAAGGCAGCAUGCGAGGCGGCAGCCCGCGAGCUUGCUCAACUUGCCAAGGACCCGGAGAAGGCCGCGGGACUGCGCGUCAAGGCGCUCACGGUCUCGGCGAGGAAACCAUUAGUGGCCCAGUCCGUGGCUCGGAGUCCUUCAUCCGACACGAAUUGCUCGCCAAGGCCCUCGCCACCUGUCGUCCAGUGAGACGAAAUAGGCGAGGCAGUGGCCAUGACGAUGGAACAGAACACGUCGGAUCAGCGUUGAAUCUCUCCUCAACGCAUUGUUAGCCAGGAAAGCGACCUUGUCGUUAUUUUAAUACGUUUUGACGAUGAUACAUGUGCAGGGGUCUUGGGCUCAGGCUCCAUUUACACGUUGGACGUAUGUUCCUCACGGCGCAGGAGGCGGCAUGGCGUCAAUCUCACAUGACUGGCAGAUGGUCUGCUUGCACGCUUGGGCCACGGGUUUAUGGACAUUUAUUCUCUUUUGACGUCUCAUGCUCCAUGGACUUGGGCAUCUUCGCAAUGCCUUGUGAAGCGGUGCAUUUGGAACCUCUGAAUUCGCAGGCGUCGUGGACCGGCGCCCGGAAAAUUGGCGUUGCAAUUUGCAGACUUGAUAGGACCGAGGAGCAAUCGAUGUGAUCUUUGGUG